GUGAAACACUUUCAUGCUCUUUAGUACCAACUUCAUUACCAGUUAAAAUGUUAUUUCUUGUGCCACUUCAACUCCAUGAUGAUGAAACCUACGGAUCUUUAGAAUUGUUGUUCUCAGAUGCAUCGUCUCCUCUUAAUCUCCUACAGCAACAAUGGCUUCAAACCCAUUGACUUCAAUCCCCAAAUUAGGGUUUUCUUCUUCUGAUACCCAAUUAGUCAAACCAUCUGCUGACAUUGAAGGUGUUCACAUUGCUGAAGAUGUUUCUCAGCUUAUUGGAAAGACACCUAUGGUUUACCUCAAUAAUGUCGUCAAGGGUUCUGUUGCAAUUGUUGCUGCCAAGCUUGAGAUGAUGGAACCCUGUUGCAGUGUCAAAGACAGGAUAGGGUACAGUAUGAUAGCUGAUGCUGAGGAAAAGGGACUUAUAACACCUGGAAAGAGUGUCCUGGUGGAAACAACCAGUGGAAACACGGGUAUCGGUCUUGCCUUUAUUGCUGCUGUAAAAGGAUACAAGCUCAUCUUAACAAUGCCUGCAUCUAUGAGUAUGGAAAGACGAGUCCUUCUGAAGGCAUUCGGAGCAGAGUUAGUUCUUACAGAUCCUGCCAAGGGUGCGUUGGGAUCAAUUGCAAAAGCAGAAGAGAUUGCAGAGAACACACCCAAUUCUUACUUGCUUAAACAAUUUGAGAACCCUGCUAAUCCCAAGAUUCACUUUGAGACAACUGGUCCUGAGAUCUGGGAAGCUACAAGAGGCAAAGUGGAUAUAUUUAUCGCCGGAAUUGGUACUGGUGGUACUAUUUCUGGGGUUGGUCAUUACUUAAAGAAACAAAAUCCUAACAUAAAGGUUAUUGGUGUUGAGCCAACAGAAAGCAACAUACUUUCAGGGGGAACACCUGGUCCGCACAAAAUUCAAGGGAUUGGAGCAGGCUUGAUACCUGGGAAUCUAGACCUGAGCAUAGUUGAUGAAGUCAUAGAGGUAUCAAGUGAUGAAUCUAUUGAAACUGCGAAACAAUUGGCACUUCAAGAAGGCCUAAUGGUGGGAAUUUCUUCUGGUGCUGCAGCAGCAGCUGCCAUCAGGGUUGCAAAGAGACCUGAGAAUGCAGGGAAGCUUAUCGCGGUUAGGGCCUUCUUUCUUUUCCUUUCUUGGGCUUUGGUCAUGGUUCUUUAUUCUCCAUACGAGCCAAGUUCCUGUCCAUAAAAGAGUUGUGUUUCCAAGUGGUGGCGAGAGAUAUCUCUCUUCUAAUCUCUUCCAAUCAAUCAGAGAAGAAUGCGAGAACAUGCAACCUGAGCAAUGAAGAUCAUCACCUCACCAUGUAAAUGGGUCUUUCGUUCUACUCUCAUAAUCCUCUUCCUUUUCUUCGUCGUUUUACCUGCAGAAACUCCACAAUGCGUGUUUAGUAUCUUACUCAUCUAAUUAUUAAGUAAAGAGUUGUGUAUUAUUUUGACAUGUGUUUUGCAGGGAAUACACCAAAUAACGUUUACAGAUAAGAUGAAAUGUGUAUUAUUUUGACAUUAUUCUCAAAUAAUUUUUUGU